GUGACUCUGGAUCCUGAUACGGCUCAUCGUCACCUCAUCCUGUCUGAGGAUGGAAAACAGGUGAAACAUGGAGAUGUGAUGAAUAAUCUUCCAGACAAGCCAGAGAGAUUUGAUCAGUGUCCAUGUGUUUUAGGACAGCAGAGUUUCUCUUCAGGCAGAUUUUACUUUGAGGUUCAGGUUAAAGGAAAGACUGACUGGGAUUUAGGAGUGGCCAGAGAAUCCAUCAGCAGGAAGGGAGAGAUCGCACUGAGUCCUCAGAACGGUUUCUGGACUGUUUGGUUGAGAAAUGGAAAUGAGUAUGAAGCUCUUGAUGGCCCUGAUGUCCACCUCCAUCUCCAUCUCCAUCCUGGUCCUCAGAAGGUCGGGGUGUUUGUGGAUUAUGAGGAGGGUCUGGUCUCCUUCUAUGAUGUAGAUGCUGCAGCUCUGAUCUACUCCUUUACUGGCUGCAGCUUCAAGGAGAAACUCUACCCAUUCUUCAGUCCUAGCCUUAAUGCUGGAGGUAAAAACUCUGCUCCUCUGAUCAUCUGUCCUGUUAACCAGGCUGAUUGUUCCUCUGAUGAAUCUGAGUGACUCUGCAGGUGAAGUCCAGCUGCUGGCGAGCAGAGCUUGGAAACGACCUCAGCAGGAAGUCAGUUAUUUUAUUCUUCAUUUUCAGCUUCUGAUUAGUUAUAAAGUCAAAUCAAAUUGUUUUACUUCAGAGUUUAUUUCACUUCUCCACUGAUUGUUUCUUUUUUCUUGUUUUAUUGAUGAUCAGUUUUAAACCUUCAUUAAUGUUUCAACCUGUUCAUCAAAUUAAAACUGAUAUCUAAUAACAUUUAAAACAUUUUCCCUCAUUAGUUCUGCUUCAUUGUUUUAUGUGAACUUUAAUCAGGAGUGGAAAUGUAACAUGUGAUGGUUGAUGAAUAGAAAUGUUAAAUUGU